GCAUUUCUCCCUCUUUUUGUGGGUUACUGUAAUUUCAGGUCAACCGGACUGAUAUCAACCCCCCCUUUUUAGCUUGCUUUACUCGUCCUCUCUUUCCAGAGCUUUGGCCGCUUAUUUGAUCAUUGUUUUGUUUUUUUUUGCAUCAGUGUUACGCAACAUCGUCGUAUGUUAUAAGUCAGCAUCAUCAUCCUCAUCAUCCUCAUCAUCAUCACCGCCCACCGCCUCGCCAGCGCCAACUAGCAGCGAGCUAGCCGAAAAAAAUACGUAGUUUUUUCUUUUCCUGCGUCUGAGGUGCCAGCUUGUCCGUAUCAGAAAGAAGAAGAGGAAGAAACGACAAGGAAAGGGGAGCUAUUUUUCUGCUUGUUUGCAGGAUGGCGGCGGGACCGGAGCAGAGGCAGCAGAGCAGCAAAGAGCUGCACGCAGACACCAGAGAAGACACUUUUGAUCACACAUACAAGGAGAAAGAGGGCCCCAAACCUCCCAGGACCAUCGUGUGGAAAAAUGUCAUCCUGAUGACUCUGUUGCACAUAGGAGCUGCGUACAGCCUGCUCAUCCUGCCGGCAGCAUCUGGCCCGACCCUGCUCUGGUCUGUGGUUUGUUUUUUGAUAAGUGCUUUAGGAGUUACGGCGGGGGCCCACCGCCUGUGGAGCCACAGAACUUACAAGGCGUCUUUACCUCUGAAGAUGUUUCUCGGUUUUGCCAACUCCAUGGCAUUUCAGAACGAUAUCUUUGAAUGGGCUCGAGACCACAGGGUUCACCACAAAUACUCCGAGACGGAUGCCGACCCUCACAAUGCCUCCCGGGGCUUCUUCUUUGCUCACAUUGGCUGGCUGCUCGUGCGCAAACACCCCGACGUCAUCGAGAAAGGACGGAAACUGGAGCUCAACGACCUGCUUGCAGACAAAGUUGUAAUGUUUCAGAGGAGGCAUUACAAGCUAUCUGUGCUGAUCAUGUGCUUCUUCGUGCCGAUGUUCGUGCCUUGGUACCUGUGGGGGGAGUCCCUGUGGGUGGCGUACUUCAUCCCAGCUCUUCUGAGGUACACCCUGGUGCUCAACGCCACCUGGCUGGUCAACAGUGCCGCUCACAUGUGGGGGAACCAGCCCUAUGACAAACACAUCAACCCCAGGGAGAACAAGUUUGUCACAUUCAGUGCCAUAGGUGAGGGAUUUCACAACUAUCACCACACGUUCCCGUACGACUACGCGACCAGUGAGUUCGGCUGCAAGUUGAACCUUACCACUUGUUUCAUCGACUUCAUGUGCUUCUUGGGCCUGGCCAAGGACUGCAAGAGAGUGUCCAACGAAGUGGUCCAGGCCCGAAUACAGCGCACCGGAGACGGGAGCCACCGCAGUGGCUAGGACUGCCGCGCUGCUGUCGGCUCCUGGCCAAAACAACCAACAAGAAGAAGAUUGACACUUAUACAUUUCUCAUCUUCUGAGGAUAAAAGUCAGCUUCAUGAGGGCCUUGACCACAUUUUGCUUGUUUUGUGGUUUUUGUAGUUGUAACUAAACAAAUUGUUCAAGAUGGGGACAAAGAAAAAAAAAAAAAAACAUGAUUUGCUACGCUCUUGGUUGUGAUUCUUACUUUUCAUUAAGGCCAAGGGGCUUGCAAGUACGUUUCAGAUUUUAAGUAGAUUAAUUUUAUAAGUACGUUUCAUUGUACGCUAUUUUGCCACUUUGAUGUGCAUUCUUCAUGCAAGUUCAGUCAUGUAGCCGAUCCUUUUUAUCUAAGUAUUACUCAAUUAUUAAUUAGAAACAGUAAGAAGUAAAGGACUGAAAUGUGGACUAAUGACAAUUCUGGCCAAUGGGAUUCAAUGCUGAGUGGAGGCUGCUGUCUUUAUUGUAAUUUAAAGCGAGAUUUUAACAGUUCAACUACAAAGAUUAACUCUUAUCAGUCCUGAAGAUUUCAAAAAAAGGGAUGAGCUUGAAUGAUCUUUGUUCUCAUGAAAUCCCAUUUUCUUUAAUGAAACUCAGCACAUGAUGGAAAUGUCAUAGAACCCAGACUAUUUUCUUAUAUCUUAAAUAUUCAGGCACCGACACUUUACGGGAAGUGAGUUGAGCAGUGUGCUUUUGUGUCUGACCUGGUUGCCUUCGGCAGAAAAAUAAAACCAAAUACGAACACUGAAAGCACUUAGAAAAAGAAUAAUGUGCUAUAUUUAGCACAUGUCAGAAUCAAAUGAUAAACGAGCCACAUUAAAUGUUACAUUGAAACAUAUUUAAUCUGAAAAGCAGUGAGCAACAUUUCAUUGAGUUUGUCUUUUAAUGGAUAUAUAAUAGUGCCAAAAUAGUACCAGCUGUUGGCUUAAAUUACAACCGUCUCUAGGGUCUGCCAGAGUCAAUAUUGCUUAUUCACAUCACAUGAUUGUGGAAGUUUUCAAACAUUGUGGCAUCAGUGGCUUUUGCUUGCCAGAUUUUAUUCCCAAUGUCUUUUUUUUUUUUUUUUCUAUGGUUUUUUUGCUUUUCUUUGAAUUGUACAGCAGAGAUUUUACCGGUCUGUCAGUCAUACAGUUCUGGUAUUGCAAAAACAACAUGCCACCUAUGCAUGGCAGUAUACUGUGGUAGAUGUUGUAGUGAGGUGAUUUGUCAGUGACUCUCAUGGCAGAACCACAUCUAUUUUUGUACCAUGGAGCUGCAUCGCAUUUGGAUUAACAGAACUGUUGCCGUGGUGAUAUCUUAGACAGGGUUUGGUUUCCCUUUGAUAUUCUACAAAGGUGAUUAUCCUGUUGAAAUUUCCUUUGCAUCUGUGUAUCUGCUUUCUUGGUGUGUGGAAUGCUUUUAUUAUUUAUUACUUUUUUUUCCUUUACUGGCUAAAACACAACCUGAUAUUUUAUGUUUACCAAGAUUUGGCAGACAGACUUGUUUGUGCAUAUAUAAAUUUAUCAAGCUACAGCACCCGUUUAGCUCUCUCAGACAGUCAGGAUACAACCUAAUGCCUUAUAACUUUGAUCCAUUCCUUCAUGUCCCAUCAGCUCAGACAAAAAGGUCCAAGUACCACAAUGCAAAUCUGCCAUCUUGCAGGUUUACAGGCUGAAACAUUGGGUAAAAACUUUGUAAAUGGUUUUGUCGAGGCAAAUAAAAAUAAAUGGGUCAUUUUACAACUAUCUGAUAAGCACCUCUGCGGCUGCAGGAAAUAUUAAUUUGUGAGAUUUAACUUGCAAACUUUGGAAGUAGCAAAGAUGCUGCCAUGAGGAAUAUCAGAGCAAAACCAAAUCAAGAGAGCAGUCCCACGAGCCACGAAAGCAACUGUUGCUGUUCAGAGCACCAAAAGGAGCUUUUACCUAAAAAAAAAAGAAAUAAAAAAAUUAGAGGGAUCAAAAGGUUUUCAAUCUGAACAUGUUAAAUCUCAACUCUGUGCUAUUCUAAAAUAAAAUCCACAAUAUUUUCAA